UUUUCAUCAAUAAACUCUGUUUUUAAAUCUUCCACUCAGGAAAUUGAGAGACUUUCUGAGCAGCUAGAAGAGAAAGAGAGGGAGAUCCAGCAGCUGAUGAGCCAGCCGGGGCACGAGCAGGAGGAGGUCGCCCUGCUGCGCAGGCAGGUGGCGGAGAAGGAGCGGGCCCAGGCCGCCAGCGACAUCCUGUGCCGUUCCUUGGCCGACGAGACCCACCAGCUGCGGAGGACUCUGGCCGCCACGGCCCACAUGUGCCAGCAUCUGGCCCAGUGUCUGGAAGCACGACAGGGGGCCGUGGGGGAGCAGAGACCUGAGCCAGAGCAUGCAGGCCGGGACGCCUCUGUCCAGGCUGCUAUGGAGAAGCUGCAGGAAGAAAACCGGCUGUUGAAACAGAAGGUGACUCAUGUGGAAGACCUCAACGCCAAGUGGCAGCGCUACGACGCCAGCAGGGACGAGUACGUGCGGGAGCUGCGGGCCCAGCUGCGGGGGCUGCGGGCCCCUGAGCCUGAGAUGGAGCUUCUGAGGAAGGAGAUCUCCCGGCUCAACAGGCAGCUGGAAGAGAGAAUCAGCGAGUGUGCGGGGGCCGCGCAGGAGCUGGCGGCGGCACGGGAGCGGGCGCAGAUGCUGGAGCAGCAGAUUCUCGUGUACAAGGACGACUUCACGUCAGAGAGGGCGGAUCGGGAGCGGGCUCAGAGCAGGAUUCAGGAACUUGAGGACAAGGUGGCUGCCCUGCAGCGCCAGGCGUCCCGCAGACAGGACCCCCGAGAGCCAAGCUCCUGCCGGAUUCACACUGGGAGCAAAGCCCCCAAGUACGCAGAGGCCACUGCUUUGGAGUUCUUGGCGCCUGGUGGCCAGAGGCCUGCAGCUGAAUCCCAGGGUCUGGCCUCCCCGGUGGAGGGCGGGCACCUGGGAGCAGCCCGGAGAGGCCAGGGGGACCUUCAGUGCCCCCACUGCCUGCAGUGCUUCAGUGACGAGCAAGGCGAUGAACUCUUCCGACACGUGGCCGAGUGCUGCCUAUGAGCCCCAUGCGGGGACAGGCUGGGUGCUCUCAGCAGGCGACAGUAAGACCCCGAGAUCCGGGGCUGAAGGUGCUCUGACCCUCACCUUGAUCCCCUCAGGCUGUGGAACAGACCAGGUCAGAGGGCACUUCCUGGGGGCUGGAGGCAGGGGUGCACUUGGGAGGCCCAGCUCUGCUUGUGGUGCAGACUUUGGGUCCCCAAGCUGUCAGGCCGAGGCUGAAGCAGGAAUCCUUCCAGGCCAAGGUGACGGCCCUGCCCAGCCUGCACCUGGGACGCUGCAGCUCUGUGGGAAGAGGUGGUCUGAGGGAACGUCAUGUUUGGACUGCAGGGUGGAAGGGCACCUCCGCCCAGUUUGUAGAGCUGAGCACUGUGGCCACACGUGGCUCGUGGGGGCCCAUCUCCGCCACAGCAGGACCAUGAAAUACACUGCAUUACACAGCAUCUGUCACGUGUCCAGAGGUUAUAGCACAUUUACUUCACAGCCAGUUGUCUUUAUAAUAAAUGCAUUCGCUACAGUGA